AACGAACGUGCCGCGGCAAGCCGGCAACCCAGCCCACCACCACUUGCGGAACGCCGCAGCCCCCUCCCCUCCCCUUUGGCUUCGCGGCGCCCACACGGCGACGCCUUGGAUUCGCACACUGCGACCCGGCGCACACAUCGCACCAACCGGCUCGCCCGCGUCUCGCUCUCGCGGUCGGUCUCGCCUCGUAGCAUCCGACGCGCCACGCCGGCCGGCCGGCUCCCGCGGCCGCGCGCGAGGCGAUGCCCGGCCCGAUCGCGGCGUGCUUCCGCUGCUCGGCGGCGGCGGCGCCGUCCUCGGGCGCGGGCGCGGCGGGGCCCAGCCUGGCGACCUCCGUCUACGAGACCCACCUCGGCCUCGUCGCGCUCUCCUGGUCCCGCACCUCGCUCGGCCUCUCCCUCCGCGCCGAGCUCCGCCUGUCGCCGCCUCCCAACUCCGCGCCCGGCUCCUCCUCCUCGGCGUCCGGGGCGGGCUACCUCGACGACGACGCGGACGAGGAGGAGGCCACCCUCGCCUUCCGCGCCCGCCCCUGGCUCCUCUGGCGCCGGCGCGGGUCCCGCCGGUUCUGCGCCGGGGACCGCCUCGUCGACCUCGCCUGGGACCUCUCGCGCGCGCGGUUCCCGGGCUCCGGGUCCCCCGAGCCCUCCUCGGGCUUCUUCGUCGCCGUCGUCGUUGACGGCGAGAUGGUCCUCGCGGCCGGGGACCUGCCCGACGCGGCCUACCGGAGGACCCGCGCCCGGCGCCCGCCCGGGAGCCAGCGCCCCGUCCUCCUCUCCAGGCGGGAGCACGUCUCGCUGCGCGACGCCGGCGCCGGCCGCGGCCGCAGCCACACGACCUGGGUGACCGUCCAGGGCAAGGAGCGGGAGAUCUCCGUGGAUCUCGUGGCCCGCGGCCGCGGCAGGGACAAGGAGAAGGAGAAGGAGCGGGCGGACGUCGGCAUGUCGGUCUCCGUCGACGGCGAGCUCGUGCUCCACGUCCGGCGGCUGCGCUGGAAGUUCCGCGGCAGCGAGCGGGUCGACCUCGGCGGCGGCGACGGCGUCCAGGUCUCCUGGGACCUCCACAACUGGCUCUUCCCCCCGCGCGAUCCGCCCCCCGCGGACGCCUCGGCGCACGCCCACGCCCACGCGGUGCUCGUCUUCCGGUUCGACCUCGCCAGCGUAGGCGGCGUGGAGCGCGACGCGGAUUUGGGGAAGGAUCCCUCCCCCGACAAGGCCGCGCGGAGGAACGCGGGUGUCUGGGGAGGCUACCUCGCGCGGUGGGGGCAGCGGGACUGGAGCGAGGCGGGCAGCAACGGGGAGCAGCGGAAGGGGCGAGCGCGGAGGCUCGCCAAGGAGAGCUCCUCGUCCUCGGCGUCCGUGGCGUCCUCGACGGCGUCGUGGGCCAGCGGCUCCACGGUGAUGGACUGGGCCAGCCCCGAGGAGGCAGAGAUGCAGCGUGGCGACGGGUUCUCGCUGCUGAUCUACGCCUGGAAGAGCUAACGCCGCCGCCGCCGCCGGCGCGGCAUUGCUCGGAUCGGUGGCGAUGGUAAAUUUUUCUCCGGAUUGUUGUAGGUUGCAGUAUUCCUGUGCCGUUAGAAGCCUCGAGGGAUUGAAUUGAAGCUUGGAUUACAGUAGCGCCAUUGCUAAGUGAGGUGUGAGCAACUAGGUUUGAAUCCCCGCCCCCCCCCCCCCAACCACCCCAAUUACUAGUGAAAUUGGCGUCUCUUGGUAGAUUAGUGGAUCAGAUUUAGGACAUUUUGAACAGAUUGCAGUCAGUUUUUUUACCUUAAAUUAUCAAUGACAGCUGCCCCAGCGUCUUGUUUUGUGCUAUUGUGUAUCUCAUCUGCCACAUACACCUGCUCAAAAGCGAAUCAAAUCUAGUAUCAAUCAAUUAGCUGUCGCA